AUGUCUACAACUUUGGUGGAAAAUGAGCUGUCAUUAUCGAUGGUUCCACGAGUUGGACUGCAUGUAAGAGAUCUUUCCAUCAUCGCGUCCAAUACUAAUACCGUCUUAGUUGAUUCCUUUUCUUUAGAUUUACCUAGUGGCUCUGUAAUGGCUGUAAUGGGAGGGUCAGGAUCAGGGAAGACUACAUUAUUGAAUGUGUUAGCAUCUAAAAUUAGUGGUGGAUUAAAAACAGAAGGUACUAUAAAUUAUGUUUUAGAAGGUGAAGUAACUGAAAAUCAACACGUGAAAAUGGCCUAUUUACCACAGCAGGAUGUGUUGUCUGCAAGAUUGACUUGUAGAGAAACGUUAAAAUAUGCGGCAGAUUUGAAAUUGGAUAAAACUGAAGAAGAAAAAGCUAUAAUUGUCGAUCAAUUGAUUCGUGAAUUAGGUUUAAAAGAUUGUGCUGAUACAGAAGUAGGUGACAGUACACAUAAGGGUCUUUCCGGUGGUGAACAAAGAAGAUUAAGUGCCGGUACUCAAAUGAUUUCCAAUCCAUCUAUUAUGUUUUUAGAUGAACCAACAACUGGUCUAGAUGCAUAUUCGGCAUAUUUAGUUGUCAAGACAUUAAAAAAAUUAGCCAUUGAAGAUGGGAGAACAUUUAUAAUGUCAAUCCAUCAACCAAGAUCUGAUAUUUUGUUCUUACUAGAUAACGUUUGUAUUCUUUCUAAGGGGAAAGUCGUUUACUGUGAUGCAAUGAAAAAUACAAUUCCAUAUUUCAGUUCUCUUGGGUAUGAUGUACCGCCAAUGGUAAACCCAGCUGAUUAUUUCAUUGAUAUAUCCAGUGUUGAUGGUAGAUCCGAUGAAGCUGAAGAAGAGACCCGAAUUCGAUUAAAUCAAUUAGUCGAAUCUUGGAAACAAUAUGAAGCAAAUACCCUAUGCUAUGAGCCAGUAGAUACCUCAAAGGAAAUUCAAGUGGAAAAUAUGUCAAACAGAUUAUCAUACUGGAAGCAAGUUCGUGUUUUAACAAGAAGAAAUUUCCAACUAAACAGAAGCGAUUACGUCACAUUAAUAGCGACGUUUGGUGAACCUGCAGUUAUGGGUACUCUUGUUGGAUGGAUAUAUUAUAAACCCGAUAAGACUACCGUCGGUGGACUAAGAACAACAGCCGGUUGUCUUUACGCAUCUGUUGUAGUCCAAUGCUAUUUAUAUUUACUUUUUGAUACAUAUCGUCUUUGUGAACAAGAUAUCGCAUUAUAUGAUCGUGAACGCGCCGAAGGUUCAGUAACACCUUUAGCAUUCAUGACUGCAAGAAAGUUGUCCCUGUUUCUUUCCGAUGAUAUCCUUAUGAUUCUAAUUUUUACAACAAUAACGUACUUUAUGUUUGGACUUGAAGCAGAUGGUGCGAAAUUUUUCUAUCAAUUUUCCAUUACCUUUUUAUCACAAAUGUGUUGUGCUGGACUAGCCAUGGUUUCAGUUGCUGUAUCACGAGAUUUCUCAAAGGCGUCCUUAGUUGGUAACUUAACUUUUACAGUACUAUCAAUGAGUUGUGGUUUCUUCGUUAACGCUAAGGUUAUGCCUGUCUAUGUCCGUUGGACAAAAUAUAUUGGAUUUACAUGGUAUGGGUUUGGUGCACUACUUUCUAGUACAUUCACAGAUACAUCCUGUCCCACUGAUGACCUGGCCUCCUGCUAUGGUAAUCAACUUCUAGACAGCUAUGGAUUCCCACGUAAUUGGAUUACUGUUCCCGCCAUUGUUAUUUUUUGCUGGUGCAUUGGGUAUUAUUUUGUUGCAUUUGUCAUACUAUAUUUGCAUAAAGUAGAUAUUACGUUACAAAGUGAAGUUAAAUCAAAAAAGAAAAAACUCGAUGAGAAAGAAAAUAAAGAAAUUAUGAUCGAUCCAUUCGCUAGUAUAUCAAAAGAAAAUUCAGAAAAAGAAAUUGAUAUUGAGUCAAGAAGCACAUCAAAUUCAGAAAUUACAAUUACACUUCAAGAUAUUGAUUUACAAGUGAGAUAUAAACGAUUCUUCAAAAAUAUAAGAGGCGGGUUAUCCCAUGAAGAAGUGAAAGAAAUCUUGCAAUCAGUGAAUGCUGUGUUUAAACCAGGUAUGAUUAACGCAAUUAUGGGGCCAUCAGGUUCAGGAAAAUCGACUCUUUUAAAUUUGAUAUCUGGUAGAAUAAAGCAGUCUGUUUUCUCAAAGUUCAAUACUUCUGGGAAAAUAAUGUUUAAUGACGUACAAAUCUCGGAAGAUAUGUUCAAGGGCGUUUGUUCAUAUGUUUCACAAGAUGAUAACCAUCUGCUUGCUAAAUUAACCGUUAGAGAAACAUUCAAAUUUGCAGCUGAUUUGAGACUUCAUCAUUUAACCUCUGAACAAAGGGCAAUCAAAACUGAUGAGUUAAUUCGUGCACUUGGACUAAAACAUUGUGAAAAUAAUAUUAUUGGAAACGAGUUUAUCAAAGGUAUCAGUGGUGGUGAAAAAAGAAGGGUUUCAAUGGGUAUUCAAUUAUUAAAUGAUCCUCCUAUUUUAUUACUAGAUGAACCAACAUCAGGAUUAGAUAGUUUUACCUCUGCAACAAUUCUUGAAAUUCUUAAGAAACUCGCCACAGAAUACUCGAAAACUGUCAUUAUCACAAUCCACCAACCAAGAUCCGAACUUUUCAAAGAAUUUGGAAAUGUACUUUUGCUUGCGAAAUCUGGGAGAACCGCCUUUAAUGGCUCUCCAGAUAAAAUGAUUGAGUACUUUUCCUCUCUAGGUUAUGAUUGUCCUGAAUUUACCAAUGUUGCAGAUUUCUUCUUAGAUUUGAUAUCUAUCAAUACUCAAAACGAACAAAAUGAAUAUACAUCUAAAGCAAGAGCUGAGCAUAUCCUUACCUCCUGGAAACAAAGGAACAAUACCCUAUCAGUAAAAUCCCCUGUAUCUGAAAAGAAUGAAAUGUCUGAAGAAAACUUCCUGUUAGAAUAUGGCCACUGUGUUAGAAAACCUUGCACACCACUUUUAGCAUACCUAGUUAAUGUUAAGCGCCAAUCUAUUACGACGAGAAGAAAUUUCGAUUCAUUGAUGGCCAGAAUUGCUCAAAUUCCGGGGCUUGGUGCAAUUUUCGCCUUGUUCUUUGCUCCGCUAAAGCAUAAUUAUAACAGUAUCAAUAAUAGACUUGGGUUGGCGCAAGAAUCAACAGCAUUGUACUUUGUCGGAAUGUUAGCCAAUUUAGCAUGUUAUCCUGCUGAAAGAGAUUAUUUUUAUAAGGAACAUGAAGAUAAUGUUUAUGGAAUUGGGCCAUUUUUCCUUGCUUACAUGACUCUUGAAUUACCACUGUCUUUGUUGGCAUCUAUUAUCUAUGCAAUUUUUACUGUCUUAGCUUGUGGCUUACCGAGAACAGCUGGGAAUUUCUUUGCUAAUGUGUAUUGUUCCUUCAUUGUGAGUGGUUGUGGUGAAGCACUAGGUAUUAUGACCAACACCUUUUUUGAAAGGCCGGGAUUUGUCGUGAAUUGUAUAUCUGUUCUUUUAUCCAUAGGUACACAAAUGUCAGGAUUAAUGUCCCUACAUAUGCCAAAAGUGCUAAAAGGUUUCAAUUAUCUAAACCCCGUUGGUUAUACAUCAUUAAUUAUUAUUAACUUUGCGUUUCCAGAUUCUAUGAAACUUACAUGCGAGGAUGGUGGUAGGAAUCCAGAUGGGACAUGUGAGUUACCGAAUGGUAGAGCUGUACUUGAAUCAUAUGGGUUAGUAGCAAAUACUAGAGAAUAUCUUGGGAUUGUCAUUUGUGUUGCUAUCAUAUAUCGUUUAAUAGCCUAUUGUAUCUUAAAAGCUAAACUCGAGUGGCUAAAAUGGUAA